AUGGACCGCAAGCGCAAGAGGGAGCUACGUGACCUGAACCUGCGCGUCUGGGCAGGCGCAAAGGAUGUCUACGAUGUAGCAACCUCCCUCGAUUCAUCUCUUAAGAAAAACACUGCCUUCAUUAAACGCCUCCGCACCGGUCUCUCGUCCACGGCACAAGACACAUUUCUCUCCGAAGUCCGCACGUUGUCCCUGCAAAAAUAUCUCUCCGAGAUUAUAUCUGCUACAGCUGAAGGACUGAGCAAACUCAAGACCGCAAGCGAGAUUGCCACCGCGGUCGAGGUAGUUAGUGCACUACACCAGCGUUUUGGGCCAGCGGAAUUCACGAAACAGUUGGCAUGGCUGCUCGGCAAGGGAUUGACUCCGCCGGACAAGGCUCAGGUGAAGCUAUGGAGCCUGGAAGUCCGUGAACGUGAGGAGAAGGAACGUCUUUCCCGUCAUCGGAUUCUUCUUCGGGUGGUCACAGAGUUCUGGAUAUGUGGUAUUCUUCGAAGUUUGGACGACGUGGAUCGCCCCGACGAGAGCUUGAGUCGAGGCAAGGAUGUUCCAUUACAGGCGGAGUUCAAACCAAAGCCCGCUGCAAAUGGUACCCGACCUGACGCUCACAUCGAACAUGAGCCUUUCCCUCUCGAAGUUUUAAAGGAACUGCUCGGGCACGACCCUGAACACGCCAAUCUGAGUCUCGCCGUCCUCUUUGUCAAAAACUUUGCUUGGGACGUCCUCGGACUCAAGCCACCUUCCGAGGAAGCCAGAAAACCGGUCGAUGCCGAAGGUAACGCAGCAGAGACGACCGGUCAGGGUGUAGUCUCUAGCGACCUAAGCGAGGAAGAUCAACCCAUCAUGUCACAAUCUAUCCGACAACGAUUCGUAAACGUGUUUGAACGUUAUCUGGCCAGUGUCAAGAGCCAUGUCGUACGAAACCAAAAGUUAUUAAGCAACCAAAGCCGCCGCAACGCAGAAGCCUAUGUCAAGAGUGGUGAAAUCUUCGAAGACCGACAGGCCAACUAUGAGAAGCAGUUGAAGGCGCAAGAGAAAUUGGUUACCGGCGCCCAGAUCCUGUGUGAUGUCCUGGGACAAGAGAUGCCAGAUCUGGCCGAGAAGGAGAACGCGGAGACUACAGCGGCUGGCAGCGUAGGAAUGAUCAAGACUGGAGAUUAUCUCAAAGGAUCGGGUGACGGCGCCGGCAUCUGGGAAGACGAGGAAGAACGCCGUUUCUACGAGAACUUGAUGGAUCUCAAGGGCCGAGUCCCUAGCAUUCUCCUGGAGGACUCGAAGAAGAAGCCCGAGGCCGACGAGCGCCCAGACUCGAGUGGUGUCGCCACUGAAAGCGAAUUGGGCAAGCAUUCCGAAGCCGAUGACCAGUCAACCACGAUUGCCAACAAAACCGUCGGGGCCCAAGUUGAUGCUCUCCUCCUGCGACUGCCGGAAUUGCAGUCCAAAGACGCGGUUGACCAGGUGGCGCUGGAUUUUUGUUUUCUGAACUCCAAAGCCUCUCGGAACCGCCUCACCAAGUCCCUGCAAGAGGUUCCGAAGGGCCGAACAGACUUACUUCCGUUGUAUGCACGCCUUGCGACCACUCUGGGUCAAUACAUGCCAGAUAUUGUCCAAGGAUUGGUAGGGCACCUUGAUGAGGAGUUCCGAAGCCUCCAAAGACGAAAGAGCAAGGAUUUCCUCGGUCAGGUCCGAAUGGCGAACAUUCGUUAUCUCGCGGAGCUGACCAAAUUUGGCUCUGUUCCGGAGCACGUUAUUUUUCAUUGCUUCAAAGUGAGCUUGGAUGAUUUUUCCCGAAUGAAUGUUGAAAUCAUUGCCCAUCUGCUGGAAAACUGUGGACGAUACCUCCUACGAUCCCCUGAGACGGCGCCUCGAAUGGCCUCCUUCCUCGAGACCCUCAACCGCAAAAAGUCGGCCCAGCAUAUGGGUGCGCAGGAAAGGAUGCUGAUUGAGAAUGCGUUGUACUACGUUGAUCCUCCGCAGAGAGCUGCGAUACAGCAAAAAGAACGAACGCCGAUGGAGCUUUUCGUGCGUCAGUUGGUGUACGUCGAUUUGAUCAAACGCAAUUACCUAAAGGUGCUCAAGACCAUUCGAAAGCUACACUGGGAGGAGAGGGAAGUUGUGGAGAUUCUCGAGAAGAUCUUCAGCAAACCUGGGAAGGUCAAAUUCAGCAACGUUCAUCUUAUGGCGGUUUUGCUCCAGGCGCUCUUCCGCUACCACCAAGACUUCGCCAUCGGAGUGAUUGAUAAUGUCCUGGAACAAAUCACUCUUGGCCUUGAACAGAACGAUUUCAAGUUCAACCAGCGGAGGGUGGCGGAGGUCAAGUACCUGGGUGAGCUCUACAAUUACAAGAUGAUUGACUCGACCGUCAUCUUCGACACCUUAUAUCGGAUUGUAACAUUCGGUCAUGAAGGCGGAACCCCGCAACCCGACAAUUACACCCCAUUCGACCCUCCCGACGACUUCUUUCGGAUCCGCCUGGUCUGCACGGUGCUGGAUACUUGCGGAGUCUGUUUCGACCGAGGCAUCUCCCAAAAGAAGCUCGAUUUCUUCUUGACCUUCUUUCAGUACUACCUACUGACCAAGGAUCCGCUCCCUAUGGACAUUGACUUCAUGGUACAGGACACAUACUCACUUGUCAGGCCUAACUGGAAACUGGUGUCAGACCUUUCAGAAGCGGCGAGAUUGUUCGCGGAAGCAGUGAAUGCCAACUACAAGCAAGGCACGGACAAAUCUGUUGAGCAAGCAGAGGACAACGAGGAGUCGGGUUCUGAGGAUGGCGAAGUUGACGCCGAACUCGAGGCCGAGAUGGCGCAAUCUUCGGACGAGGAAGGCGAGGCGGGAGCGGCUGAAGACAGUGGCGAAGAGAAAGAAGAUGUCGACUCGGAGGAAGAAGAACAGAUUGUUGUGUUACGCCAAGAAGAGCAGAUUGACCCUGAAGCCGAAGCCGAGUUUGACCGGGCCUUUGAGAAAAUGAUGGCCGAAAGCUUGGAUUCUCGCAAGUUCGAGCGCAAGGCCCAGUUCGAUGUGCCGUUGCCGAUCCGCAAACUCCAACGGGUGGCAGUCGAGACCAACGACGAGGAGGCUCCGGCGGAGGUUCGACCUGAACCAAACACCAUGGCAUUCUCGUUGAUGACCAAGAAAGGAAAUCGGCAACAAGCAAGUAUCCCUUUGAUUUUUACCAAGACGAUUGAACUGCCGUCGGACUCGAGCUUCGCGAUCUCGAUGAAAUCACAGCAAGCGGCAGAACGGGAGGAACAACAGCGGAUCAAAAACCUGGUCUUGAACUAUGAUCUACGCGAUGAUCAGCAUGAUGGUAUACCCAAUGGAUUUCCUUCCGGCCCUGUUAUGCAACCCCCUCUAGAGAGGAAUCCCAAUACUAAAGGACUCAAUGUGAAACCAGGCCCGGAUCACUUCAACCCUCCUCUCAGUCGAGCAGAGAGAGCCGGACGCAAUACGGCCCGAGCCAGGCGACUCAACCUGAAAGAUGUGGACUGGUAUGAUACCAACAAUGCAACUCGGAGCGGUGGGGUUGGCGGAAACGAAAACAACAGCUUUCGCACACCACCGGAUAAGAGAUCCCAUUUAUCCAAGAAGCCAGGCUGA